CCUCCUGCCUUUGACCGGGAGUAACCUCCACCAGCUGCGUUGACCUUUGCCCCGCUCGCCGUGGCACUGGCGCUCCCGUCAGCAUUAUGGCGGCCUUCAGCAAGAGUAUCCCGCACGGCUGCUAUGAGAUUGGUCACACAUGGAGCACUUCCUGCACCAUGUCCGCCUUUCAAGUCACUGUCGGAGCAUUCCAAGAGUCGCUGAAAAUUUAUGCGCCCCUGUACAUCAUUGCAGCCAUUCUUAGAAGGCGGAAGUUAGACUACUACAUUCACAAACUGCUUCCAGAGAUUCUCCAAUCGACCUCGUUCCUGACUGCAAAUGGUGGCUUAUACAUUAUGUUUUUCUGUAUCCUCAGGAAACUUCUUGGGAAAUUCUACAUAUGGUCCCCAGGAUUUGGUGCUGCUUUGCCUGCUUCCUACUUGGCCAUUUUGAUUGAGAGGAAAAGCAGGCGAGGGCUGUUAACAAUUUAUAUGGCGAACUUGGCAACUGAAAGCAUAUUUCGAAUGGCAGUAACAAGGGGUCUUAUCACACCAGUUAAACAUGGCGAGGUCCUGUUGUUUUGCUUCACAGCUGCCCUGUACAUGUUCUUCUUUAGAUGCAAAGAUGGCCUCAAGGGAUUUGCUUUCUCAGCACUCAAGUUUAUUGUUGGAAAGGAAGAAAUUCCAACACAUCCAAUUUCGGCUGAACCGCGGAACAUCAGUGUACCCAGUAGUCACACGACUGAGCACCAGGCAAUAGAAGGUCCAAACAAGAAGACCAAGAAGUCUCUGCUAGCCUUGACAAGACAACUUGUUGACAGAAUCUGCAAACAUGGUCCAAGGCACAGAUGUUGUAAACAUUACGAAGACAACUGUAUCUCCUACUGCAUUAAAGGUUUUAUACGGAUGUUCAGUGUUGGCUACUUAAUUCAGUGCUGCCUUCGUAUUCCAUCAGCACUUAGACACCUGUUUACAAAGCCAUCUCGGCUACUGUCUGCUUUGUACAAUAAAGAAAACUUCCAGCUUGGAGCAUUUCUAGGAUCCUUUGUCAGUAUUUACAAGGGUGUAAGUUGCUUCCUCCGAUGGGUGAGAAAUUUGGACAAUGAACUUCACGCAUUGAUUGCCGGUUUCUUAGCGGGAAUGUCAAUGAUGUUUUACAAAAGCACAACCAUCUCCAUGUACUUGGCUUCUAAACUUGUGGAGGCAAUGUAUUUCAAAGGCAUUGAAGCAGGAAAAUGUCCGUAUGUUGCACAUGCAGACACAGUCAUCUAUGCGAUUUCCACAGCUAUAUGCUUUCAAGCAGCUGUGAUGGAAGUACAGAACUUACGGCCUUCCUACUGGAAGUUUUUACUGAGGCUAACAAAGGGAAGGUUUGCUCUGAUGAACAGAAGAGCAUUGGAUAUUUUUGGCACACAAGCCUCUAGAGACUUCAAAGGAUUCAUACCAAGACUGGACCCAAGAUACACUGUUGUAACACCAGAACUUGAUGUCCAUUCCUGACUUGCUCUGUUUUAUUGGCCAGGAUAAAAUUUUGGUGCAGUGUUUCAGUUCUCCUGGCAGGUUUAACAGCAAUAAGUAAUUCUGGUGUUCUUCUUUAAAAUAAAAAUGGUCAAUAAUCGUAUUCUUGCUGUUUUCCUUAAGAGGAGGGCUGCCUAAUUGAGCCCCUCUUCUAUAAUUAAAAGAAAUGUGAAUGCUUAAAAUACUUUUUUUUGGAACUUCAGUAGCUUCUGUUAAUUGAUCCAGAUUUUGUUACAACUUUUGCUCGUUAUUUUAAAUGUUAUAUACACACAUUCAGGUUACUACAAAUGUCAUGCCAACAGCCUUUUUUUGUAGGGUCUCACCUGUUUUAUAUGCAUGCAGUACUGAAAGAUUUGUUUGAGAAAUUUAAUAUGUUUUCUCUUUCAUGUCGUCAGUGGUUAUGGUUUCAUUCCUUAUAACCAAUGGUUGACAAACAAAUGAAGGAAACAGAAUUUGAUGGAAAAUAAGUUACAUCCAGCUAUAUAACUUAAACCACCCACUUGCACUGCUGAAGAAACUUUGCUUUUACCAUUGAAUUGUUCUGUGUGUUUUUAGUUUCCUUUAAGGAAGUAACCUCUUUAUCAUUAAAUGCUAUCCAUACAGCUAUCUUAAUGAAAAUCUUAGUAACAUUUUCUGUUGCAGCAUUUAUUAAUUUUCUUCUGACUGAAUGGAAACUUUUGAUACUCUGGAAUAUUAUAAAAAUUAUAAAGAAUAGUUUUGCCUAUAAAUGCAAUGGUGUAUUUCAGAAGAAUAAUUGUGUCACAAAAUUAAAACAAAUAAAGCAAUUCAAUUAGAAAUAUUACUGUGAAAUUGAUCCUAGAGGCUUUUGUUGCAAUUCAGCUUCAUGAGCCUUUCAAGUGCUGAAGAGAUUUUGUUUCUAAUAAUGAAAUACUGGUCACCGAGUAAUUUGUUCAAAAAGGAUGUCAUGUAGAAAUUGAAAUUCCAAAUAUUUGAAAGUGCAAUAAAUUUAAAUACUCACCAAUUGAAUCUGUUUUAUGCCACCACAAAAUUUUCAAAAAGUAAUUUCUGGACAUAAUCGUGUGAAAAUUAUUUUAUUUGAGCAAAAAAAAAUGGAUGUAUGCUGGAUCUGUAAGAACUGACAUUAUACCUACAGCUGAGGUAUAAAUGGAGCAGUUUUAGGAACUUGCAAUAAAAAACAGAUGCUUAACAAGUGAUUUGUAUAUGCUGACAGGAACUACUCUAAUAUAUUACAUAUGUUGUAAUUGGAAAUAGUGAUUUCCUAGAUCUUGUAUAUCUAAUUAUUAAUGAGGCCACAGUCACUGUUUUAAUCUUAAAAUCUAACUAUGCCUAAGCUGUUUAAUUGUACCACAUACAUCAUUUUCAGUAGUGGGUGCAAUUAGAAUGGGAAGUACUAUGGUUUCUUGAAGUCUUAUGUGAACAAUAUAUUUACUCACAAGUGGUUGUGAGUGACAAAAGCUGUGACUUGUAUUCCAUCAAAUAGUGUCUGAUUGAUCAUCAGUAGAAUUAGAUUAAUUACCUCAUAAGGAGGACUGAUCACACAUUGUGAUGAGUUACUUUGGCACUUUUGAUUAAAACUGAGCAUUCAAAUUAUUUCAACAUUUUGGAAGCAUUGUUUUUUUUUCCCUGGUAAAAAUUAGAUUGGAAAAGUUGAUUCAAAAACAUGUCAAACUUCAAAAGGAAUUCAUGUCUUUUGUUUUUAAAAAAAGAGUUUAUUGCUUUGGUGUACACACAUUGAGUUACAAAGGGCUAAAGGGAAAUUUGUCCCUGUUUAUGUAUAGCUUAAUAUGCAAAGAGCCUGAUUUUUGUUUGUCAUCACUCAAUUUGUCCAUACUGCCUUAAAUCUCUUCCUGGAAAACUUGUGUUUGAAACACAAAGGAAAACAAAGGGCAUGAACCCUUCCAAUGUCAACAGAUUCUAGUGGUCUGUAUAAAAUGUCUUCAUCGCAAAUAAUGGCACAGUAAAUCUAGAAAUUCUACCAUUUAAUUGCAUUCAAUUUUGUAGGGAAAAGUCUCAAUAUGUAAAUCAUGUGAUAAAUUUAAGGCUGUAUCUUAACACAUUUGUAAAGUAAUAUAAAUGGCUAUUAAUUUUAACAAUUAAAAUGCUAAUAAAACAUCAAUGAGGCCAAGUAUAUUUUUACAUAUAGUAAUGAUAGAAGUUAGUAUUAUUUGUAUAAUGCCUGUUUUAAUUUGUUGCAUAGCACUGUUUUGAAGAAAAGUAGAGGAGUUAUGCUUGGGGAUCGAACAAUAUUUAUUUCUCAAUCAACAUCACAAAGAACAGAUUUUCUGAUCAACCGACACCAUGGAAGAUUGUUGCAUGCAAACUGGCACUACAUUGCAACAAUGACUACAUGUCAACAAGUGAUUCUUUUGGUUGUCCAAUGAUCAUCAGAGGCUUUUUACAAAUGCAAAUAUUUCUUUUUGGUUAGUGGCAGUAACCCGAAGCCAAUAAUAAUAGUUUCUUCAAACUUACAAGUAUUUAUGCAAAUAUAAUCUGCAACAAGAGUAUUUAGACUCUGAUCCCACUAUCUAAGGAGAUGAUGGACUGUACCCCUGGUGUAUGUUGUUUCCGGACUUAAUAUCGGCUGUUGUGACUGUGAAGAUCGUUUCAUGAGUGACAGUCUAAUUGGCAGCUGGCACAGAUGAAUAUUAUUGACCUGAGAUGCACUGAUGAUUUUCUCCUGUUGGAAAUAAUUGUUC